AUCGACAGUCUUUAUCGUACUUUGGCACCCCCUGCCUGCCUCUUCUCGAUCACUUUGACCUCACUGUCGGGGGCCUAAAGCAUGGUCUCAGAUGGCAAGGCUCUGGCAUCUCAUGCUCCUGUGCUGGGCAUGGAGUCCUCUGUGUCUGCCAUCCAGCGUAAGCUUCAUUGGAGCGCCACAGGAGUGUAAAACUGCUCACUUUGUCCCUGGUUACAAUCUGGGUGGAGAAGGCUUCGACAUUGUCACAAUGGAGCGGAAAGGUGCCUAUGUCAUCGACACUGAAACAUGGAAACUUGGUAACGACACUUGCAGGCUAUACAGAAACAGCUACAUGAAUGGAGAGAAGCAGAAGGUCCCAGCUGCUGCGGUGGACUGGAGAAACCUCCCCAGGUGCAGCUUAAAGGUCUCCAGUACAAUCUACGACUCUGUCGAAACUCUCGUCAAUGAUUCCACUUCAUCCGUGUCCAAUGACUGGAAAAUCGGCCUUGAUAUUCCUGUAGAGCCCUCUGUUACAGUCGGGGUUGGCUUGGGAGGCUCCCACUCCAAAGAAUCAACCUUUGGCAUGCAAAAGUCAAAACAAGACCGCUACACCUUCUUUCGCCAUUCUGUCAACUGCAACUUCUACCGCUACAGACUGGCCACAAGCCCUGCACUGAGUCAGGAGUUUGAAUCAGCCGUAGAGUCCCUUCCUUCAUAUUCACCUCAGGCUGAACAAUUAUAUCGAAGUCUGAUCGACACAUAUGGUACACAUUACAUCACACAAGUCUUUCUGGGAGGUGAAAUAAAAGCAAUCACUUCCAUCAAGUCCUGCACGGCAACCAUGAACGGACUGUCGGCAACAGAGGUCAGUGACUGUUUGUCAGUGGAGGCCUCGGCUACCUUUGCCAGUAGUGCCAGCAUUAAGGCCAUGUAUGAACAUUGUCAGGCAAAAAAGAAGAAGUUAAACUCUAUCCAAAACUUCAGCAGCAUGUUUAAUGAGCGUUACACCGAGGUCAUUGGUGGAAAUAUCAAUGGUGCUGAUGUCCUCUUUGAGGGUCAGUCAAACCCCUCCAUCUAUAACAGCUGGCUUAACUCACUGAAAAACACCCCUGACGUGGUCCGAUACAACAUAAAGCCCCUGCACACCAUACUGCCAAGAGGUCAUCGUGCCAGGACCGGACUGAAGCAAGAGGUGGAGAAGUACAUCAAGAAAAACGCAGUGUUGAAAAAAUGCUCAGAAAGCUGUAAGAUUGGGCACCGAUCGAGCAAAAGGGAUCCUUGUGCUUGUGUUUGUAACAGCAAUCAGAACAUCAAGUCUAACUGUUGUCCUGCUGGGAAAGGUCUUGCAACACUGAAGGUCUUCAAGCUCUAUGCACAGGGUCUGUAUGGUGAUAUGUGGACUCAGACUGACGGAUCAGUUCAGGUGACGUACGGUGAUCAGGUUAAGCGCACUGUCAUCAUAUCUAACAAUGACAAUCCCAUAUGGCCGGAGACAUUUGAAUUUGGACCCAUAACCAUCAACAUGAAAAACAGACUUAGGUUCAAUGUUUAUGAUGAGGAUAGUUACUGGGACAGUGAUCCACUUGGCGAGUGUUCAUUUGAUCUGCGUAGCGGGAAGGUGACAGACAGCUGCAUGUUAAAUCAUGGCACCUUCUUCUUCUCCUACAUCGUGGAGUGUGCACCAAGUCUUGGUGGUCAGCAGUGCCAAGAGUACAUUCCAAGCCCCCUGAGUCCCUCUCUAGCCAAGGUCUUCCACACCAGAAACGGGGUCCUUGUUGGAGAGAAAGGGAAGUGGAGUGCUGAAUCAGUCGUCAGUCAGUCAGGUUGAGCUCAGCGGUUCAUAUGAGAUGGGGGGGAUGAGAAAAGAAGGAUUUGAUUUGAUGAUGAUCCUGCAUGUAGUUAAUAGCAUCUUUUGCACUGUUCACUCUUAUCUUUUUUUUCUUUGACAUUUGUUUGCAAAACUAUUUACAUGUGGUCUCAACGUCUCAAAUGCAAUCUAAAUAUGUGUGUUUAGAUAAUCUACUUUUUCUUCUGCUUCAAA